UCCAGAGAGACCAUUCGCAAGUCGGCGACGGGAAACGACGUAACGUCCGCUCUCAAACCGCAUCCACCGCCGCCGUCGCCUCAACCUAACUGCGCGAUCCACAAAUACGUUGCCGCCGUAUCUUCGGGAUUUUUAAUAAAUUUUAUUAUUAAAAAUUCGCAACCAUAAUAUUUUACCUAUUUUACCAGUUACAUAUAAAAUUUUAUAAUUGUUAUUAAUUCGUUCACGAGUGUUCAACGCAGCGGCAGUGAUAUCGCACACGCGUUAUUGUCGUUCGCCGUCGUCGUCCCGCCAACGGUCUCUCGCGCAUCGGCCGCUGUCGAAACUCGAAUCGUAUCAGACUUCCGGUGCGUGUUCACACGAGUGUUGUUGUCCGACGAUAAACCGUCUUCGUUCGCUCGUCGCCGCACUAGCAGCUGCAGAACUAACGAAUAGAUAACCUUCAUCAUGUCCGAAAGAGAAGAAAAUGUAUACAAGGCGAAACUCGCCGAACAGGCAGAAAGAUACGAUGAAAUGGUAGAAUCAAUGAAAAAAGUAGCAUCGUUAGAUGUUGAAUUAUCCGUAGAAGAACGAAACCUGUUAUCUGUAGCAUAUAAAAAUGUAAUUGGAGCUCGACGUGCAAGUUGGCGUAUUAUUUCAAGUAUUGAACAGAAAGAAGAGAACAAAGGUGCUGAAGAAAAGUUAGAGAUGAUCCGUCAAUAUAGAUCGCAAGUUGAGAAAGAAUUACGGGAUAUUUGUUCAGACAUUUUAAAUGUACUUGAUAAACAUUUAAUAGCAUGUGCUGCUUCGGGCGAAUCUAAAGUUUUCUAUUAUAAGAUGAAAGGUGACUACCAUAGAUACCUGGCCGAAUUCGCUACUGGAGAUGAUAGAAAAGAAGCUGCUGAACAUUCUCUGGUUGCCUAUAAAGCCGCUAGCGAUAUUGCUAAUCAAGACUUACCUCCUACUCACCCAAUAAGGUUGGGUUUGGCAUUGAAUUUUUCUGUAUUCUAUUAUGAGAUUCUCAACACCCCUGAUAGAGCUUGUCAUUUAGCUAAAAAAGCGUUUGAUGAAGCAAUUGCCGAAUUGGACACGUUAUCCGAAGAGAGCUAUAAAGAUUCUACACUUAUAAUGCAGUUGUUAAGGGACAACCUAACCUUGUGGACUUCAGAUAUGCAAGGAGAUGGUACAGAAGCUGAACCUAAAGAGCAGCUACAAGAUGUUGAAGACCAAGAUGUCUCGUAAAUUCCUUCUGUGACUGCUCUAUAAUAAAAUAACUAUAAUUGUCAUCGAAAAAAAAACAGUGUCUGUGUACAAAUAAUAUCAAAUAUGAAAACAUAAAAAAUAUGCAUUCAAUAGUUACAGCCCUAAGUAAAGUAAAGCGACUCACUCCAAGACUGUCAAAUUUUUUUUUUCGUACACUUUGAUUUUACUUUUAUCUCAUUGGCAGGGGAACAUACGACAGCAAUUUUGAUUUUAUCUUAUACAAUUUCCAAAAAAUAAUAAUUCAAUAAAAAAAAAAAUAUGUCUUUCUGUUCAGUA